AUGGAUGCAAUGGAUCUUGGUUUACGCGAACUUUAUUUUAACGUCAACGGUGGAUACAUGUCGAUGGAAAAACUUUACAGAGAUGCUGUGAAAGAAGAUAUUCCCGGUGUCACGCGUAAAAAAGUGAAAGCAUGGUUAGAAACACAAAAUACAUACAUCGUUCACAAACCGACACGAGUUCAUUUCAAAACGCAACGAACGUAUGUCGACGGACUUGCCCAACAAUUACAGUUGGAUUUAGUAGAUAUGCAAAAAUACAGUCGUGCAAAUAAAGGUUAUAAAUGGAUUUUAACAUCUAUCGAAAUUUUAAGUCGGUAUGCAUUUGUUGUGCCUGCCUAUCGAAAAGGAACGAAAGAUAUGGUCCCGGCCGUCGAAAAGAUCUUGGACCAAUUUCAUGAAAGAUUCGGACGAUAUCCUAAAGUCGUUCAGUUUGACGAAGGGAGUGAAUUCUACAAUAACGGAGUCAAAGCGUUACUGGAGAGACACGACAUCCAUUAUUUUUCGACGCGACUGACUGGAAAAAAAGCAGCCGUCGUCGAAAGAUUUAACAGGACGUUAAAAACAAGAAUGUGGAAAUAUUUUACCGAACAAGGAUUUACGGAAAAGUCUAUGAGAUGGAUCGAUGUCUUGGAUAAUUUUAUUGCCUCGUAUAAUCAUUCCAAACAUCGUACGAUUGGAAUGAAACCGGCCGACGUCAACGAAACCAGUAAAGACAAAGUCUGGACAAAACUUUAUGGUUAUCGCUUAUCCCAUUUCCCCGAACCAAAAUUCAAAGUCGGAGAUCGUGUCCGAUAUCAAAUUUACCGCGAUACUUUUGUCAAGGGAUACACUCCGAAUUAUUCCGACGAUGUUUAUAUCGUCUCGGAAGUAUUUCGCGGCGAUCCGAACAUGUAUAAACUUAUCGAUCCCGACGAUGACGACCUGGAAAUUCUGGGAAGAUUUUGCGAACAUGAAUUAUCAUUGGAUUUGAGUAAGAAAUAAACUAUGGCCGAAGCUAUCGAACUCGAUGAGAUCGGAGGGGAUUACGAUCCGUGGAAAGAAAAUGACGAAACUAAUCUGGACGACGAUGACUUUUACGAAACGGCAUUGGACGAUCUGGAUAGACAUGACGAUCAAAAAUGGCUGCUGGAUUUUAAAAGACAGAAUGAAAAUGAUAAGUCCACAAAAAGAAAGAGGGAAACCAAUUCCUUGUAUACGACCGGAUCGUCCGUAAAUCUAAAAACAGAAUAUGUGAAAAGACUUUUUACGAAUGAAUACAGGCUAAGUCCAAACGACGGUCCAAAUUCAAAAGACUUUUUUCCAGACUAAAUCUCGACGACGGACACUGGCUGUCAUUUGAUAAUGUUAAAGUUGCUUACAUCGACAGAAGCGGAAAAUACAUACUGUCCACAGACAAAAAUGUAACGGUCGUAGAAAGUCAAAGAAAUUUUAGAAUUGCCUUCGAAAAAGCAACGGAAGAACAUCAAAAAACACUUGUCAGUAUUACGGAAGAAGAAAUUCCGGAGGGAAAUCCAUCGAUCUACGACGAUAUUUCGAACGACGUGCGUGACGAAAUUCACGACGAAAAUAUCGACGAUAAUCUUGAAUUUCAUGAUCGCGUCUUACAAUUUCAUCGCGAUGGGAAAUUCACCGACCAGGAAUCAAGGGAACUGGCCGGAAUCUGA